AUGGCGUGCCUCCCUAGGGUCCGAGAGUUUGAUCGUGGUGAUCUUGGUUUUGCUCUUGACUCUGAUGGAUCAAGACUGAUGGGAGUGGUAUCCGUAAUUCAGUAUGGUUUAAACUCUCUACUGUUUAGCUGCCCAGAGAUGAGCACUUGGCCUCAGAAACCCCUCACGCCAGGAACAGCAACUCCGGAGAAGGAGGACACAGGUCCGUAA